AUGUCUCUAGAAGGAAAAACAGCUCUCAUCACUGGUGGUACUAAGAACCUCGGCAAACUCACUGCCAUCGAACUUGCAUCUAAACACAAGGCAAACUUGUUUUUGCAUUACAACUCGGUUCAGGGAGAUGAGAAGAAACUGGCUCAAGAGCUUUCGAGUAAAUAUGGCGUAAAGGUCGAGCUAUACCAGGGCAAUUUGGGAUCCGCAGAAAACGUUGCCAAGCUUUUCGAAGCGGCCAAAGCCAAAUUCGGCUCAAUUGACGUUGCCGUCAACAACGUCGGAAAAGUGCUCAAAAAGCCCAUGGCGGAGGUCACCGAAAAGGAGUUCGACGAAAUGGACCUCGUCAACAACAAAAUCGCGUUUUUCUUCAUUGCCCAAGCCACCAAGCACGUCAGCCCCGGCGGUAGCAUUAUCUCUCUAGUCACUUCCUUGCUGGCUGCCUAUACGCCUUUCUACGCCGUGUACCAGGGUACCAAGAGUGCUGUCGAGUACUACACCAAGAGCGCGUCUAAAGAGCUUAUCGAAAAGAGAAUCUCCGUUAACUGCAUUGCCCCAGGCCCCAUGGACACUCCUUUUUUCUACUCUCAGGAACAGCCUGAGGCAGUUGAGUUCUACAAGUCUGCUGCUUUUGACAACAGAUUGACCAAAAUUGAAGACAUCGCCCCAAUUGUGUCCUUUUUGGUUACCGGUGGCACCUGGAUGACAGGACAGACCCUUUACGCUUCCGGUGGUAUGACCGCUCAUUAA